UUUCGUUGAUAAAUGAAAAAAGAACAGACGAUGGUUAUGCUCCAAUACAUGCUGCAGCUAAAAGAGGCCGAGUCGAGAGUGUUAAAAUUCUGAUUGACAACCAUGCUGAGCUGAACGUCCUCUCAGAAAACCAAAGUUCGCCUUUACAUUGCGCUGUUAUUUCUCAGAAUCUUGGUAUCAUUAAAUUGUUACUUGACAAUUGUAGAAAGUUAAUUUCCAUGGCUAAUGCUACCAAACAAACUCCGCUUCAUACAGCUGCAUACUAUAGUAGCUCACGGGUCGUUAAAUAUCUUCUGAAAUACGAAAUAUUAAUGACGAGCGACAUCAACUAUUCCACUCCACUUCAUAUUGCAGCGUGUCAUGGACAUCUCGAAACUGUUAAAUUGUUGCUGGAGCACAAACCUUCCUUGAUCAACCACAAAGACAAAGAUGGACAGACACCACUGUUUAAAGCUUGUUUGAAUGGCAAGACAGAUGUAGUGAAAUUUUACUUGAUAAUAAGGCAGCCAUUACCACAGAUAAAGUUUCUUAUUUUGACGAAAUGAUUAGUAAUAGAAAUAAAGAUACAGCAAUGGUGAUGAUGUGCCAUAAAAGAUGGAAAGAGAUAAUGGAAUCAACAAAGGAUGGUCCUGAAGCAACGAUGAAAACGUUGAUUUCCCAAGGUAUGUCCGAAGUGGCAUAUCAAGCUCUCGUUAACAGCGAGACGCGUAUAGGUGAUUCAGAGAGUAAGGAUUACAAAAUUGAAUACGACUUUAUGUGUUUACAGAAUAAUAACGCUACAGUAAAUGUGAAGCCGCUGACUGCCAUCAAAGCGAUGGUGAAAAGUGGCAGCUUUAAAUGUUUACAGCAUCCUGUCUGCUGUAAAUAUCUAAAAGAAAAAUGGAAGGCAUUUGGAUGCAAAGUUUAUUUGGCUGGAUUGUUAAUUUAUGUCGUAUUUCUGGUUUCUCUAAACGUUUAUGCGUUCAAAAUUCCUUCAUACAAAGAGUCAAUUAAGAAUCAAGAAUUACCGGACGCAUCAAUAAUUGUUAUGUUAGCGAUGAGUAUCUGUCUUGUUUCUGCCGGCUUUCAGACGUUGAAAGAAAUUUGUCAGUUGGUGCUUAACGGGAAGAGUUAUUUACGCGACAAAGUCAACUAUUUGGAAUGGACUCUCUACAUAUCAACAUUCAUCUUUGCUCUACCGAGUAACGACAAUAUCUCAGUAAAGACAAGUUUACAAUGGAAAUCCUGUUCUCUGGCGUUGUUCUGUUCUUGGAUGAAUCUUAUUAUGUAUUUCAGAAGAUUUGCCUACUACGGUAUUGUUAUACAAAUGUUGAAGAAAAUUUUCGUCACAUUAAUUAAGGUUUUGAGUCUGUUAUUAUUUUUCUUCGUCGCGUUUGCAGCAGCCUUUACAGUGAUACUGAAUGACAGAGAGGGAUUUGGGAAUUUUCAAACCUCGAUGUUAACUACAGCGAUCAUGACGAUCGGAGAAAUUGAUUUUAAAGAGACAUUUCUUCGUCACCAUUAUUACGACAUGUUUUACCCACAACAGAUAGUUCUUUUUGUCGUUUUCGUCGUCAUCAUGCCGGUCGUUAUUAUGAACCUCAUUCUCGCCCUUGCCAUUGAGGAUGCAUCUAAGAUUAGAAAGGACGCCAAAUUGCGGAAACAUAUUCAUACGGCGAACAUGAUCAUCAACCUAGAAAGAAAGAAGUUCAUGUUUUCUUAUUUCACGAAACAAGAAAAGGCACUUAUACAUCCUUUGGUGGAAUGGCCCAACCAAAAGCGUAGAUUUUAUAAUUUUGUCGAUGGAAUUAUAUUUUAUGAUUUUUCCUCCGAUAAAGAAGACGUGAGCUCGGAGCAAGUCGAAAAAAAUGAAGAUCUAGUGACGUUGAUUAAAAUGGUUAAAGAAUUACAAAUUCAGAAUGCUAAAGUGUUGAAAAAGUCAGAAGAAAAUUCUAGACUGAUCAGGAAUAUUUCUGGAAUUCAAGAAUAAGAAAAUGAUUCUGCGCAGUCUCAUGGUAAACUUAGUUCUCUCUAAAUUUAUACUCGUGUAAUUUCCUGUAGACAUUGUUAGCUUAGAUUAAACCAAUAAAAUUCAUAUAUUUUUAUGUUUCGCGUAAACGGUGUCAGGACAUUUUUUCAUCAGUUAUUAAUUCAUCACCACCAACACACGUUACUUAGUUUAUAAUGUAGGCAGUGUACACAGAUUGUAUUAAAAAACUGAACUGUUAUGAAAACGUCAUUAAAGUUUUUAGCGCUCAA